UAUGUACCUUACCGCUUCACUGCACACCUGGAGAAGGGGGUCACUCCAUACGACAGUCUGUUUCGAGUUCCCGGACAUGUUCUUAUUCGUUACAAGAUUUGUGGCAAGGGAAUAUCAACAAGCAUGUUCAAAAAGACAACACGGCGAUCUCAACAACUGGCUGUUUUGAUACCAACAUUGUUUCUGUGGACGCGAAUACUAGGUCAACCUGCUACAGAUAAUGACUGCAAAACCGUGGUUGCCGUGGCAGACCUGGCGAAAAAAGCCAUCAGAUCAGCAGGUUACCCGUCCGGAUAUGAACCGAAUAAAGAAUGCACGUGGGAGUUGCGUGCAGGGAGAAUGUUUCACCAGAAGAAAACAAUAAAAGUGCAAUUUAUCGUGGACAUAGAAAAUUCUACAGAUUGUUCAGGAGAAUCUGUGACAGUGCAUCCUUUCACAUCACCCAACAAUACAAAACUAGCGGUGCUGUGCGGCAACACUGAAAGGGAGUACGAGUUCUUCAUCGAGUCCCUCCUGGUUGUAUUCAAGUCCGGAUCUGAACCUUCACAGGGCAGACAAGGCUUAAAGAUGGUGUUCCAGAUGAUUGAUGAAACAUCCUGCCAUGAGAGGUUGGAUUCACAUAACUACAACACUAGUGCCAUUCAUUCACCUAGAUAUCCAGACCCAUAUCCCAGUUUUCAGAGAUGCACGUACCUCAUAAGGACUCGUACAGCCAACCACAAUACUGAGCUGAAGGUCAUACUGUCUGAGCUGAGCGCUGACUGUCGAGAUGAAUACGUCAUGGUCUAUGAUGGAAACUCGGAACAAGGGCCUUUACUUGGAAAAUGGUGCGGUUCUGAACGACCCAAGUUCCGUAGCCUGGUACAAGAACUCUAUGUGGUGUUUGUGAGCAAAGACAACAGCAGCGGACGCAAGGGGUUCAGAGCAGAUUACAGAGACGCCAUGUGCGGAGGCACAGCAUUAGCGCGACAUUCCUUUCAAAAUGACAUCGUAUUUCCUGGAUAUUCGUCUCCAUUUAACCAUUACAUCACAUGCAAAUGGUACAUCAAACCAACCAUCGGAUAUACAAGCGUACUGGUGGCCUUCAGAAAUCUUCAAGUUGACUGCGCCAGAAGUAGGAUUACAGUGUAUGACGGGCUAUGGGAUGGAGGCAGUACCAGGACCUGGAUCAUCUGUGGCAGAGAGGAUUCUACCUACUUGAUUUCCGGGCCGGGUAUGUUAGUGGAACUCAACAGCCAGGGCAACGCAGCAGAGCCCAUCUCCUUCAAAAUCAAACAUAGAGGGGACAACAACACAGCAUGUCGUCUGAAAGGAAAUGACGGAGACAAGGCUUACCUCCUCGCAUAUUCUUACGAACAAAUACUGCUGUCCCCGGGCUAUCCUGAUCUAUAUCCGGACCGAAUACGAUGCGUGUGGCAACUGAGGUCUGACCAUUACUUGAACAUUGUCAUGAUUAACGUUGAAACACUGAAUCUUUACUCGCAGCCGGUAUGUGGUGACAGUGUCCGCAUAUAUCAUGGGGCAGUGUCCGAUUUGACCAAGACGCCGGAUAUGGUUCUGUGCCACACUGAGAGCAAUGUUUUCUACAGCGAUGGUCGGUACGCGACGAUUGACUUUAUAACGGAUGACUUUGGGAUAGGAAAGGGCUUCAGGAUCGUAUAUAAGUCAACAGCAAAGAAGAAUGUUCGUUCAGAAGGUACUGGUGUCUCACACUCGGUUUCCUCCAGUACUCCAAUGAUUGCGGCAGUUUGUAGCGUCAUCGGCGUCAUCAUCUUCAUAGUGAUUGUGGUGACGUGCUGUUUUGUUAUGAGAAAAAGACGCUCUGACCGCAUGCCACAACCUCCAGUUGUCCAAACCAUUCUUCAUCCUCCUCCCCAGACAAGAGAACAGGCAACCCCUUUUCUCCAAACCACCACCACCACAACCACCGACAAUACCACAAAUACCAGUGCACCACCACCAUCAUACCAGGAUUUAAACUACCUACCCGUCACUGAACCGUCCGCGCCCCCCAUGCUGCCCCCCAGUUAUGAAGAUGCCGUGACACUAGGAAUGAUUGAAAAAGACACGGAAACUAGGUUUUGAGGCAUUUUGAGAAGGUGUUUUCAAAUUAGAAACAUUCACUAUGAUGUGUAUUACAAAGUAGAAAUCGAAAAGUGAACGAGUUGGGUUUGACGCGGUUUUGAACAGUAUUCCAGUUACAUCACGCCGUGCCAACUUAUGUGGGAGUAAAGCGAUCAGAUAUCUAGUAUAAGGUACGGUCAGAAAGAAGCAACCUUGCAUUUAGUACCUUAUAUUGAUCAGAAAGCAGCACUCGGACACUGUAUUUGUCAGAAAUAAGCACUCGGACAUUGUACUGGCGGACAGAAAUAAGCACUCGGACAUUGUACUGGCGGACAGAAAUAAGAACUCGGACAUUGUAUUUGUCAAAAAUAUGCACUCGGACAUUGUACUGGCGGACAGAAAUAAGAACUCGGACAUUGUAUUUGUCAAAAAUAAGCACUCGGACAUUGUACUGGCGGACAGAAAUAAGAACUCGGACAUUGUACUGGCGGACAGAAAUAAGAACUCGGACAUUGUAUUGGCCAGAAAUAAGCACUCGGACAUUGUAUUGCCAAGAAAUAAGCACUCGGACAUUGUAUUGCCAAGAAAUAAGCACUCGGACAUUGUACUGGCCAGAAAUAAGCACUCGGACAUUGUAUUGGCCAGAAAUAAGCACUCGGACAUUGUAUUGGCCAGAAAUAAGCACUCGGACGUUGUAUUGGCCAGAAAUAAGCACUCGGACAUCGUACUGGCCAGAAAUAAGCACUCAGACAUUGUAUUGGUCACAAUUAAACAGACGGACUGGGUAUUGUUCAGAAGGGAAUCACCCGUGGUAUCCCGGGUUUGAAUAGGCCCACAGCAACCCAUCCUGUAAUAGAUGACUAAAUGGAUCAGGUUGUCAGGCUCGAUGACCUGGAAGAUGAGGUAUCAACGUAUCCCGACCUAAUCACUGGAUUAUCUGGUCCAGACUCGACUAUUAACAUGCCGUCGUCAAUUAGCUGGAAUAUUGCUUUAAACGGCAACAUAGACCCCCACGCACAAAGGAUGAUUCCUGCAGACAAAUCUGUGGACAUGUACAAUGAAUGCAUUGUGGAGUGUUUAUCUCCUUGAUAUCUCAAACUAUAUAGGUAAAUGCAAAUAGGUUUAAAAACAUAGUGGUGGUAUUCAAGAUCUGGAUUUUCCUAUAGGCAUCUAUUAAAUCCAGGACUACCUCAGUAGGUGCUACUGAAGCAUAUGUGUCAUUCAGCAGACAGUGGAGGUGUUGAACUCUUAUCAUUCCAGGAGCAUGUUCCGUCUCUUUUGUUAUAUACUGAUUGUGUGAAAGAAUUCCUAGGAAUGUCUGUUUGCUAUCAACUGUACCAAUACCUAUUUCUAGGAGUGUGACGCCUCUGCAUCGCCGCGUGUUUACAUUCCAUUGCGACAUGUCUAUAGUUUCAAUUGCGUAGUGUCUGUAUUGUCAAUCUUGGCAGUCGCUUAUGUCAUCAGCCGAGUCCUGUUGAUAGAUUGAUAUCUUCUAGUGGCAUUUUAGAAGCUGUAGACGAAGGAAGACACAGUCGACUUAUGGAUUUUAACGUCUUUAUUCACUCGGUACAGAUGUUACGAAUUUUUUCAAGCAAUAUGUUAACAUGCAGGAUAAUGUUACCAGCAUGUUUACCGAAACCUCGCAUUGAAAGAAUACUGAAGUUGAAAUUAAUGUCAACUCGGGGUAGAACAGGUCUUCAGCAACCCAUGCUUGCCGUAAAAGACGACUAUGCUUGUCGUAGGAGGCGACUAACGUGAUCGGGGGGUCAGGCACGCUAACUUGGUCGAUGCAUAAUAUCGAUUCCAAUUUCGUGGACGAAGCUCAUGAUAUUAAUCGCUGGAUUGUCUGGUCCAGACUCGAUUAUUUACAGACCGCCGUCAUAUAGCUGGAAUAUUGCUGAAUGCGGCGUUAAACAGCAAACAAACAAGAACAAUAAUGCAGUAAAUUCAACAAUGCUGCUGUUUUGAUAAUAUCACGGUCAAAUUACAUUGCAUUUAUAAUGUCAUCUGAAGGGGGGUGGGGGUGGCGGGGUUUAAAGGGCAAAGGAAACAUUUAUUUUAUUAUUUUACAGAACAAUUCUGCUUGUUAAUUGUAUUAAUGGGAAUCAUUUGAUACAGUCUAUCCUUGGUCACAUUUCAUUCUAUACUUGUAACUCAGAAGCAUUUCCUCUUAGCGAAACACUAAUCAGAUGAUGUGCGGGUUAGGAUAGGUCUUCAGCAACCCAUGCUUGCCGUAAGAGGCGAUUAUGCUUGUCGUAAGAGGCGACUAACGGGAUCGGAAGGUCAUGCUCGCUGACGUGGUUGAUACAUGCCACUGUAUCCCAACUGCGUGGAUCGAUGCUCAUGAUGUCAAUCACUGGUUUGUUAAACAACAAACAGAACAAAAAAAACCCGUGUAUCACUAUUCAGAUUAAUGAACAUAUUUCUGAAACCCUUUUUGUACGUAUUAGCAGUGCUCAGAAUGUCUGCACUUAUACACAGCAGGCUCAAUAAAAAAAUAAGCUAUCGUUUGUUUCAACAAAAUCAGUAAAUGAGCUGUCGUGUGACUGGAUUUCAGGUCCAUCUCGCGAUUGUCUGGUUUGUUUACAAGCCGCCCCCUCGUGGCAGGAGUACUGCUGUGCAGUAUCAGGUAACAAACACACGUUUUGAAGUAGAUUGUGGGAGUAGCGCGGGCUUCCGGUAGGGCAGGAAAUGCUUAUGGUUUUCGCGAACACCCGGUGUUCGCAUAAUGUGUACCGCUAAUAUACCCUUUACACACAGUGGAAUCUGUUUCGUUGGACAAUCGUUGGACUGGUUAUUCUCUGGCGUAGACGUUUUAUAUUUACAUGACUCCCUGUUCAGAUUAAUGUACUACAUAUUGAUAACUAUUCAUGCACCCAUUGCGAGAAUCUGUGUUCAGAUACACACACGCACCUGUGCGAUAACUUUGAAAUUUGAAAUAUUUUUUAUCUCACCUUACAUAUUUAUGUCGGAUUCUGAUUGGCUGAGACCCAUUCUUUUAUUUUCAAUGUACCCUGCUAAUAUGUAAAGUACAUGUCUAAUGUUCCCCCUUGAAUUGCCGAACUGUUAGCAUAGUUACCAACCGCAAUUUUGUAUCUCCAAUUGAUGAUGUGAGACGCCAUUCUCUGGAUAUUUACGGUAUCUUCCGAAUGAACUAGAUCUAGGGGGACUAACCGAUGUAUGUUAAACAUGAACGAAGUGGAUAAAUGCCUAACUGUGGUAUUCUUACCGAUUUGGACCGUGAUCAAAGCAUGCAUGCAUAAGACUACAGCUGGAAUACCAGAAAUUAUCUUUUUGAUUGAAACUUUUCGCCUAAAUAUUUGUUUAGAAAAAAUGAGGAUGGCUAUUUAUAAAUUUUUAACAGUCUGGAGCAUAGUUAGUUUUCAAGUUUUCAAGCAUUUCCUGGAAAAAGAAAAGCUAAUAAAAUCCCAGCUAUCUGCUAUUCUCUACCAAACACACAAGAAAUGCAUUUGUGAGAAACUUGAUGACGAAUGCAACUGCUUUGUUUAGUUUGAGACAUAUGUGGACAUGUAUAUUAUAUAAACAUUAUAUACGUUUAUUUAAAGAUACAUAAUUCAUAAUAACGUGUUGUUUAUUUUUUAUUGGUUUAUCUGGUUCUCGUCAGGAUGACCUUCACACAGUAGCACCUCGCUCGUAAGGACGUGUUACCGAGGAGCGUGCCUGCUUGUGUUUGUUGGAUGUUUAACACCGCAUUCGGCAAUAUUCCAGCUGUAUCAGCUGUAUCAGCAUGGGCUAUUCUAACAAACCUGCGGUCGAUAGCAUCAGCGGUUCUAACAAACCUGCGGUCGAUAGAAUGAGAGGUUCUAACAAACCUGCGGUCGAAAGCAUCAGCGGUUCUAACAAACCUGCGGUCGAUAGCAUGAGCGGUCCUAACAAACCUGCAGUCGAUGGCAUGGGCGAUUCUAACAAACCUGCGGUCGAUAGCAUGGGCGAUUCUAACAAACCUGCGGUCGAUAGCAUGAGCGGUCCUAACAAACCUGCAGUCGAUGGCAUGGGCGGUUCGAACAAACCUGCGGUCGAUAGCAUGAGCGAUUCUAACAAACCUGCGGUCGAUAGCAUGGGCGAUUCUAACUAACAUGCGGUCGAUAGCAUGGGCGGUUCUAACAAACCUGCGGU